AUGACUUCUGUUCGUAGCCCAUAUCCUGAUGUCCAUAUUCCAGACAAUGUUUCAUUUUUUGAAUAUGUCACUGGUAAUUUCAAGAAUUUCGGCAAUAAACCAGCUAUGACGGAUGGCAUUACUGGCGCUAGUUAUACCUUCCAUCAGUUAGACGAUGCUAUUAAACGUGUAGCGUCAGCUUUAGUCAAGCGAGGGCUAAAGAAAGGCGAAGUUGUUGCUAUAAUUUCCCCAAACUGCAUCGAAUGGCCAGUUCUAUUUUUUGCAGUCAUAUCAGUAGGUGGCAUCAUUACUACGUGCAAUCAUGGAUAUAAGGAGACAGAACUAUCUUCACAACUAAGUAAUGCAGGAGCAGUUUAUUUAGUCGCAGCAAAAUCAUCCGUACGUACGGUCAGCAAAAUGAGGUAUAAAGUCAGAGAAAGAUUUAUCAUCGGUGAUGCUGAUGGCUAUACCUCAUAUUCCGAAUUAAUCAGAGACGAUGGCAGCAGGUUUCCUUCAUUUGUUAAGAUUAAUAGCAAGACUGACAUUUGCGUUUUGCCAUAUUCAAGUGGUACUACCGGUGUUUCCAAAGGUGUCAUGAUAUCUCAUUACAAUUUAGUUGCUAAUCUGGAACAAACACGACCUGUGAGAAUACGAAACAGAAAAAAUAAUUGCUCAUUGGCAGUAUUACCAUUUUAUCACAUCUAUGGAAUGGUCGUUAUAAUGUCAAGUUGCUUACGUUAUGGAAAUCACUGUGUCACUCUACCUGGCUUUGAACCUAAAUCAUUUUUACGAACAAUUGAAAAGUAUAAGGAUAGUUUACUAAGUACAGUAGUAGCUAGUAUGGAGAAUAUCCAUAUUUGUAGUGCUAGAAAAAGCUAUGUAAGGAACAUCUCAGUUCGAGAUGUUUCUCCUAGUAAGGUAGCACGACUAAGCCUAGUACCUCCACUAGCUCUUUUCCUCUUAAAGUCCCCAUUGGUCGAUAAAUAUGAUUUAUCUAGCCUUGAAGAUGCUGGAUCUGGUGCAGCACCUCUUGGAGAUGAAGUUAUGCAACAAUUUUUAAGAAAGAUGAAAGUGAAACGUUUUGUUCAAGGAUACGGCAUGACGGAAGCAAGUCCGACCAUUACACUGGUUUCACCUGAUGAAAAUCAUAAUUUGGGCUCCGUCGGUAGGCCCGUACCAAAUACACAAUGCAAAUUUAUUGAUCCUGAUUCGGGUAAAGUUCUUCCCCCUAAUGUACCAGGCGAAAUAUUAGUUAAGGGGCCACAAGUAAUGUUAGGUUAUUUAAACCGACCCAAGGCGACUGCGGAAACCAUCGAUAAAGACGGUUGGCUACAUACUGGAGAUGUUGGUUACUAUGAUGAAAAUGGAAUAUGUUAUAUCGUUGAUCGAAUAAAGGAAUUAAUAAAAUAUAAAGGAUAUCAAGUAGCACCUGCAGAAUUGGAAUCAUUACUAAAAUCUCAUCCAGAUAUUUCCGAUGCCGCUAUAAUUGGUAUUCCUGACGAACGAGCUGGAGAAAUUCCUAGAGCAUAUAUUAUCUUAAAGGAUUCGGGAAAUGGCAAGAUUACAACCGAAAAAAUUCAAGAAUACGUAACUUCUAAGGUAGCUCCGCAUAAGAGGUUAAGAGGUGGCAUUGCAAUUGUUACCGAGAUACCUAAAUCUGCUAGCGGUAAAAUUUUGAGACGCCUAAUUCGAGAUCAAUAUAAGAAAUCAAUAGCCAAGAGUAAAUUAUAA